AUGAACCGAUUGAUCCUUUUAGGCCUUGCUUUUACAGCUGUCAACUGUCAGUUUGAUGGACUCUUCAGCAGUUUUUACUGUAGCAGAGCUUUAGAUAAAGAUUGUAAUAAUUACAGUAAGCAUGAAGAAUGUGGUCAGAAUGGGAUCACCUAUAGAAACAGAUGCGAAUACACUCAAGCAAGAUGCCAGGGAACACAGACAGAUAUAGCUCAUUAUGGUCCAUGUACCGCUGGAAGUCAUACAAACAAUACUAUCCCUGGCUUUGAUGGAGAUCAGGCAGCUUUAGAUUUUCUAUGUGUUCAACUUUCACACGAAACUUGUCCAUCAACUGUAGAUCAAGUUUGUGCCUCCGAUAAUGUCACUUAUCAAAACUUGUGUGAAUAUGAAAAACAAAAAUGUACACACAGAGAUCUUCAUAUACAGAACAGUGGAGUUUGUGCUUAG